CGUAACAGUGAGUUCAUAAUGUUCGUAAAGUGUGUUGUCUUCGCUUUGGUGGCCUGUACGGUCUACGGUCGGUCCACCACGUCCCAUCAGAACUCCAUAACGCAGGAACAGAAGGCAAGGGCCAGCGACAGUACCUCGUAUUACGGUGACAUCAGAUACCUUUACAAAGUGUACCAGGAAUGUUCAGCAACCGACUUCUCCUCCUGUCUUAAAUUGAAACUGGUCGCAGCUUUAGAUCGCGUUGCAAGAUCCGCAGAUUUCACAAUUUUCGAUGGCGUUACCUUCGUUAAGGACCCUGCUGCCCCAGCUGAACAGCCAAAGUCCGAAGCAGAAAUCGAAGCCAAUCUUCCUCGUUCUCUCGAUGAAAAAGACAGCGCCCUCAACAACAUGCUCACCAGCAAAGUCUCCAACUUCUUCGAAACACAUUCCCUCCAGCUCAAAUUCCCAAGCAUGACAGAUCUGCAAAGGUCCUUAAGCGAAGAAGGAAGAAAGAAGGGAGGAAAAGGAGGCAAGGGAGGUUUGAUGAUCCUUCCUUUGAUCUUGGGAGGAACUCUGAUUCCAUUGGCUCUUGGUGCCUUGGCUCUUCUUGCUGGUAAAGCCCUCAUCGUUUCCAAACUGGCCUUGGUACUCGCUGGUAUCAUCGGAUUGAAGAAAUUGCUGGGAGGUGGUGGAAGGGAUGGUCACGAAGCUGGACACGAAGUUGUUGUUAGCGGAGGACACGGUGGACACUCUGGAUGGGGAAGGUCUUACGACAAGGAAGAAGCUCAAAAUCUCGCUUACAAUGCAUACGUACAAAAGACGCGGUAGGAAUCACGCCUGAUAUAGGAGUAUAAGACUUAAUUUAUUUAAAUUAUUUAAUUUAAAUACCACUGUAAUAAAUAAAUUUUAUAUUGUUUUUUAA